ACGACUGCGAUGUGAGAUUAUCGUAACGCUAGCAAAUUUCUCGAUAAAUAAAGGUUUAGCUAUGACUUGCAAUGUCGAAAGGACUUUUAAUUGCGCUGGUUUUUCUUUAUAUGUGCAGUUUUGAAAUGUGUAUAAGAUAGUUGAAUAAUAGAGCACGGGUUGGUGAACAUUACUGGUAAAGAUGUCGAUAGAUAGUGACAUAGCUAACUAGCUGGCUGUUGCUAGCCUUAUUCUUACAUUUAGCACAUAAAAGGUCUUUAUCUUAGCGAAAUUUAUCUGCCGAGACUUAAGUAAGUAACCGUAUGCAUUAAACUACAGCCUGAGCUGCGCAUGGGGGCAGUGUGUUGCCUUUGGCACUGAAAGCUCGAUUCAUGUUAAAAUGUCAGCACAAAAAGAUUGCGAAUUUUUGGUGAAAAGAGCCCGGGAGCUGGUCUCUGAUGAUCCUUGCGCGGCCAAAGCCUGGCUCAUAACAGCUAGGACCCUGUACCCUGCAGACUUCAACAUCCAGUAUGAAAUGUACACCAUUGAACGCAAUGCAGAGAGGACAUCCUCUGCUGGGAGACUCCUGUAUGACAUGUUUAUAAACUUUCCAGAUCAACCCACUGUUUGGCGGGAGAUCAGUGUCAUCACAGCUGCCCUGCGCAGCGACUCUCAGGACAAGCAUGCACAGUUUCUCCGAGGGCUUUUUGAGACACUACCUGGCCGUGUGCAGUGUGAGAUGCUACUGAAAGCCACAGAGCAGUGUUUCAACACUUUGGAGAAGGCAGAGAUGCUGCUGCUCCUUUUGAAGCGCUUUCCAGAGUCCGUUGUCCAACAUGGGGUCAGUUUAGGAGAGACAUUGUUGGAGGCGGAGGUGUCAGAGAACGUGGAGUCUCCUGUCAACUGCUUCAGAAAACUCUUUGUGUGUGAUGUCCUUCCUUUGGUCAUUAACAACAUGGACAUGCGCUUGCCGGCCAGCCUGAUGCAGAAGUACAUGCUGAAAGCAGCUGAAUUCUAUAUUGGUUAUGUUACCCGUGGACCCUCACCUGAUGUGCAGAUACAAGGCUCUCAAGAAUCUGGGUCUCUGAAGUCACCCAACGUGUCCCGUGGCUCACAGCGUUAUGUGAUUGACGGCCUGUCGGAAAAGUCUUCAGUGGUAACAGAGCCUUGGGAGAGGCUGUUGGAUAUCCUCACUGUUGUUGGAGCUCGAUGCGAGUGGCAGGGAGACAAAGGACAGAGGAAUUAUGUGGACAUGCUGCUUAGAGUGAAGGAGUUGUGUCGCUACCUGCCUGGUCUGGAAGGUGACACAUGGUCCCGCUGCUGCAGUCAAGUGGUCAUCUGUGCUGCUCUUGUCCUCUUCCGCAGUGCCUAUCUCUAUGUCUCAUCUGUACAGCCUGCGCUGUUCCAGGGUGUGAAUGCGUUGAGUUUGGGACCAUGGAUCCUUGUAGAGGAUUUGAGCUCGGUGUAUAAUGAUGUGGAGGUGGAGAGGGGAGCAGUGAAACAUGCACAUAAGAAACGCAAACUGGCUGAUGGGAGAGAGAAGACUAUGAGCUCAGAUGAUGAGGAAGGGUUGGGAAAAGGCCGCGGUCGACACAUUUUAGUGAACAAGACUGAGAUGCCCAGCUGGUCAGAGACUCUGGAGAGCUUCCGCACAGCGAGGGAGAGCUGGGAUCUCCUUCACUCUAAUGAUGGCCUGGAAACUGAGUUCAAGAAGAUCUGUGCCUCAUGGAAGACAGACAGCUGGCUGUGGUUCAGAAUAUUCCUCACUGAUAUGAUCAUAUACCAGGGACAGUACCGUAAGGCUCUCUCCAGCCUGCACCAGAUGGCUGCAGUGCUGCAGCCACAGUCUGGGCAGCAGAGCCCCUCAGGUCAGGCCAGUCUGGAGCACCACAGGGCCCUCAUACAGCAGGCCUCCUGCCACUACGCACUGGGAGAGUACAGGAUGGCCUGUGAGAAGCUGCUUGAUGUUGUCAGUGGGCUGGUACCCCCAAACCAAGAACCAACAAAGAGCCCCGAAGAUCAGGGUAGAGUCAAGACCAAAACAAGGAAAGGUAAUGACCUGAGAUUGCUUCCCUGCACCAGCAAAGCUGUGUUACCUUUCUGUCUCCAGCUCAUGCUGGCCUGCUUCAAGCUCCGUGCCUUCACAGACAAUCGUGACGACCUGUCCCUUGGUCAUGUCGUGGUGCUUCUGCAGUACGACUGGCCACACGGUGAGAUGCUGUUUUUAAAGGCAGUGGAUAAAAUCUGUCAGCAAGGCAGUUUCCAGUAUGAGAAUUUCUUCAACUAUGUCACCAACAUUGACAUGCUGGAGGAGUUUGCAUACCUGCGUACUCCAGAAGGAGGGAGGAUUCAACUGGAGCUGCUGCCCAAUCAGGGAAUGCUGAUCAAACACCACACAGUGACUCGUGGAAUCACCAAAGGAGUGAAAGAGGAUUUCCGUCUGGCCAUGGAGAGGCAGGUGUCGCGCUGUGGAGAGAACCUGCUGAAUGUGCUUCACCGUUUCUGCAUCAAUGAGAAAAUCAUCAUCAUCCAGUCUCUUCCUUGACACCUGGCCCGUGUCUUUUGAACCUUUUCAUUGUUGAUAUUCCAGGCACAGUUUUAAUACAGCUGGACUGACCUUAUGACGCCAACAGCUGUUGCUGUCUCAUCACUGGACACUUCAUUUCUAUCUCUCUCAUCUUUUUCAUCCAUUAUUGAACUCUUUAAGAAAAUAAUAGGUUUUUUUUGCCUUAAAAGUAGAUCUCUCUCUUCAGAGUUGGAGAGUAUACUGGUUUUUUAAAUAUACAGUACUCAUGCAGUUUUCAUAGUGUGUGCAUAGUUUUCCUCUUUACUCGUGUUAACCACAAUAUGCUUAACCACAUUUGAAAGGGUUUGAUCAUAUUGUGAUAUUUUGUGGAUGUCAGUAUUGACAAAAGAAUUGAGUGAAUUUUUGAUAUUCUUGGAUAAAGUUUAUUGUUUUUGUUACAGACUUGAUCAAUUUGUUCAUUUAUAUAAACGUU